CGUAACAGGCAGAGUCCGAGUCGAGUCCGAGUCCAUAACAGGCAGAGACCGAGUCAUGAAGACCGAGUCCAUAACAGGCAGAGUCCGAGUCAAGACCGAGUCCAUAACAGGCAGAGUCCGAGUCAAGACCGAGUCCGUAACAGGCAGAGUCCAAGUCGAGUCCGAGUCCAUAACAGGCAGAGACCGAGUCAUGAAGACUGAGUCCAUAACAGGCAGAGUCCCAGUCGAGACCGAGUCCGUAACAGGCAGAGUCCGAGUCGAGACCGAGUCCGUAACAGGCAGAGUCCGAGUCGAGACCGAGUCCGUAACAGGCAGAGUCCGAGUCGAGUCCGUAACAGGCAGAGUCCGAGUCGAGUCUGAGUCCAUAACAGGCAGAGACCGAGUCAAGUCCGAGUCCAUAACAGGCAGAGACCGAGUCAUGAAGACCGAGUCCAUAACAGGCAGAGUCCGAGUCAAGACCGAGUCCGUAACAGGCAGAGUCCAAGUCGAGUCCGAGUCCAUAACAGGCAGAGUCCGAGUCAAGACCGAGUCCAUAACAGGCAGAGUCCGAGUCAAGACCGAGUCCGUAACAGGCAGAGUCCAAGUCGAGUCCGAGUCCAUAACAGGCAGAGUCCGAGUCAAGACCGAGUCCAUAACAGGCAGAGUCCGAGUCAAGACCGAGUCCGUAACAGGCAGAGUCCGAGUCGAGUCCGAGUCCAUAACAGGCAGAGUCCGAGUCAUGAAGACCGAUCCAUAACAGGCAGAGACCGAGUCAAGUCCGAAUGAAUCUGAAAAUUGUAACCAUAAACACAACAUCAAUAUUUUAAGCUUCACAACUAAGAAAAACAAUUUGUCAAUAUAAACGUAACAAAAAUUUGACAGACUAAAUUAAGUGACACUUGUGUCAUUACAACCAGGGUUAUUACUGUUUGUGAUAUUUCAGUUUUUUCUUUUUAAUAAAUUUGCAAAAUUAUCAAAAAUCUGGUUUUUGCUUUGUUAUUAUGGGGUAUGGAGUGAAGAUUGAUGUGAAAAAAAUGAUAAUUUAAAGCAUUUUAGCAUAAGGCUGCAACAUAAAAUGUGAAAAAAAUGAAGGUCUGAAUACUUUCUGAAUGCACUGUAUAUAGGAUGUGUUUAAGUGAGGAAAUUAACUCAUUUAUAAAGUUCAUUAUACAGGUGUUCAGCUCACACAGCUCAAGCGGAACCUUUCAAUAUUAUUUUUUCUUGUCAUAUUUUUA